AAUCACGUUUUGUGAUGGUUUUUCAAAAGUACAUUUUAGUGCUUGGUGGUUGAUAUUCUCACGACGUUUUCGUCAUCUGCAAAUACUAUUUGCGUCUACGGCUGCUGAAGUCAAAACGUCGUUACGUCAGUUCAUCAAGCGAAGGUGACGAAAAGGUUUCUGUUACUGCAUCUUCAUUGUACAGGAGCAAGCCAGCUCGUCAUAACCCCGUCAAGAAAAGAGCAUUCAGUGUACCAGGGAGAUAGAUUCUUCGUCUCGUGUUCCAGCAAUGCCACAAAUGUUCAGAGGGUCAUGUGGACAGGACCUGAAGGCCAGCAGAUCACAGACUACACGGGCAGCGUGCCACAAAACAACAUACCAAGAAUUUACGUCGAGGAUGGGAGGUCAGGUCACAAAGGAGUCGACCUGGUUUUCGAAAAUAUCAGUCGGACGGAUAGUGGAAGCUACACUUGCUCGGCCAACGUGGACGGGAAAGAGGAGUCCGUAUCGUUCCAGCUCUUCGUUCACAAAUACAUUGACUUCGAAGACACUCCUACAGUACAGUACCUUGAAGAAGAAAGAGAUUCAGUCUUGAGAUGUGACAUAGAUGGAGAUCCCGCUCCUAGAAUUGCAUGGUCAGCAAAAGGGAAAAAGGUGAAAUUUGAAGGCAAAUAUAGUAUUGACCAAGAGAAUCCCAACUACCUAAUUGUCCACAAUGCAACCCUUGAGGAUGCAGGAGAAUACCUCUGUAGGGCUUGGCAACUCUCCCCCAGGACAUCUAAUAUAGAAACUCUCAAGAUUGACGUCAAAGUACAUCACAAACCUCGUUCUAGCAAUGACAACAAUGACCAGGCCUACAGCUAUGUGAGUGGCACAGUAAACCUGACUUGUGAGGCUAUAGCAGAGCCUAAGGCCAAUUUCUCCUGGAUGAAGGACCAGCAGACCCUAGUGCCAUCAGAAAGAGUGCAAAUCAUCAGUUACCCCAACAAGAGUAUUUUACAGUUAACUGUUGAGGACCCAAAUAUGUUUGGAGAUUAUGAGUGCAUUGCGGAGAACCACCUCGGUACCUUGGAAAGAGUAAUCAUAUUGGAGAGGGGAUCUAAGCCGGCUAAACCAACUCUGAAGGUAAUGAGAGCAGAGGUGAAUGCCUUGCACUUAAUGAUGGAUGCCCAGAAUCAUCCAGACAUGCCAAUCAUGGGAUUCAAAGUUCAGUACAAGAAGGCUGGAGAUGAUUGGGCCUUCGCUCAUGCCACAGAAUUCAAGAAAGGUGAAAGCUAUAUCAUCAACAGCUUGACAGAUGACACCUUGUAUGUAAUUCGAGCCUAUGCCAAAAAUGCUGCAGGAUUAUCAGACUAUUCAGAUGAAGUCAUGGAGAGAACCAAGAAAGUAGAAGCCAUGAACGUGACAUCUUAUUCCUCUCCAGUGACCUCAUCUUCCGCUGUUGUUUUCUUCUCCUUGCUCCUUGCAACAUACCUGAUCUCCUUGUGAACAUUCAAAGUUGAGAGUUAAUUUCUUUUUAUUUCAUUUUGUUUUGUUUGCUUUUCCUGCCUAGUCUUAUGAUAGUAGGAGAAAUGUUGCUUAAAAUGUUUUGUUCGUGGGGUAGGGGAAGGCCCAGUAUUUCCUUGUAAAAGGAGUUAGUAGUUCUUAAAUCUAGCUGACUUUCAGGAGAGUUGAUUUUUGUUAUUUGUAUUUAAUUGUAGCAUUAAUUUCUAUCCAUUUUUUUAUACAAUUGCUGUGGUUAUUGGUGAAAGAAAUAAGUAAUACAUAUGAAUAUUUUGUCUUUUUUUUAAGUAAGCAUACUUAAACCUUAGGUCAGUAUUUACGUGGUGAAAUGUUUUAGACCUCCAAGAUAAAUAUAAAAUUUCAGGAGUUUGCCUAAGUGUGUAAUGUGUAAACAAUGGUUAUUCACUACUGUACUCUAUCGUUCACGUUACCUUUUGUAAAGGAACUAAUUUCGUCUAGGGAAAUGUUUCCAUGUACUUUAGGUAUAUAAGCUUAGGAGUAUUUGUAACAUAAAAAAAUGCUGUAGUGGUAUUAUAAUUGCUGAUAUUAAUAUAUAUAUGUAUCAAUGAGAGUCAUUGAAUCUUACAGUAUUUUGAAAUUCAUGAAGUGAAAGAUGUGUUCAGAUUAGCAAAAUAAUAAUUUUGGAAUGAUCACCCAUGUUCAGUAAUCAUGCUGACUGGACUAUUAAUGUAAAAUGACCUGGGGCAUUGUAACCAAUUGCAGUAUAGGCCAAGAUCAUAUGCAGUGCUAGGUUUUUUUGUAGUGUUGGCAAAAUUACAUUCCCCUGAUAAAUGUACCUAAAGACUGUUGUAUUAUGCUCAUCAAUAUUUUUUAUUUGUUUUAGGGUAGGGUGGAUUGUUGGUCGUGUGGAGCCUCAUCAUAAAUGUGAUUAUGCAUUCAGAGUCAACACUUAAAUGAUUUUUUUAUACAACUCAAAUUGUCUCCUUAUCAUCUGCACUGAUUACUUGUAUAUUUCCUUGGUGUAAAAUAGUUUUGAUUACAAUUUACCACUUUUUUUUCAAGAGACUAUAGAAAUAUUCACAUUUCAUCAAGUGAAAUUAUUUGAUGAUAAACUACCUUUUGUUACAAAAUUAUUAUGACUGCAUGUUGCACUAAGGUUGCCACACGGCCAUUUUAGAUCAUACAAGAUUCGCAAGUGUAUAACAAGAGCUGAUUCAAAGUUGUCAAAAGCAAAAUCUCAGAAUAAUAAAAUUUCAAAACCCCUACUUCUAGCAAAGUUUGAAGGAGAUAUUUCUUAAAACUCCUUUUUUAAAUGGAAGACUGUGUGGAUAAUAUUCACUUUUCCAGAGAUAUUUAUAUUUUUCAUAAUCUGUUUAAAAGGGUGAAAGAAAUAUGUCCUUGUUUAUAAAACAUUACUGGAACUUGAAAAGAAUGUGCAGGAUCAUUGCAAUAAAAUGCUAUUUCAAAUUGGAAAAACUUAAAAAGCAAAUUAUGCUUGCAUUCCAAAACCGGUAAGUAAAUGUUGAGAAACUCAAUUUGUCUGCAAAAUGAAAAAAAGUAAAUUCUUCUCAUGAUGUGUACCGAUUUAAAGAACUGCACUAAAAAAACUAUAAAACAUGUCAUGAUACAUUACUGGCUUACCAUAUAUGUACCGUUCCUUUCAACUGUAAGCUGUGUUCAUAUUUAUGAAUACUAUGUACUUGUACACAUUUGGGACAAAUCUUGAAAAGGCGUUUUGUCAUAUAUUAUGUCAGCUUCCAGGUUGUUAAGCACUUCAUUCAGAAAUAUCUUUCUGUUGACCAAAUUAGGCCAGUAAAAUAACAUAAUCAAAUAUGACAAGUAAAAUUAUUGCAUGCAAUGCUUCUUCAGGGUCUACCUUAACUAACAGUGAUUGUGUCUAACCCAAACUUUGCCUGGCAUCUAUUUUGACUUCUAUUAGACUAAAGAAUAUUGUUGGGUUACUGCAAAGGAAAGAAGAAACAAAACCUAUACAUAAAGGAAAUGAAAAACCUUCAGGUGGAUGUGCAGGACAAUAUGAUUUGUAGUAGACUUUUGCUUUUUGUCUAACAUACAUACACUCCAAUUGUGGCUCAGAAUCUCAAUUUUGGUUGUAAGUC